AUGUGGACAACAAAGCAGCUCUGCAUCGCAGUUCUGAUCACCUUCUUUUCUCCGCUUAUCGUGCGACAUUUGAUAUUGAACAGCCCCAUAUCAGGAACAUCCCGCUAUCAAAUUCUCCAUGCCAAUCCCCUUGCAUGGCUCAGCAACCGAGUGGACGCAGAUGCACCAACAGCCAAUCCGGCGAAUGCGCAGGUGGUAUCAUUACCAGCAGAUGAUUCAAGCAGCCUGGAUCCCAAUCCCAGAAAUUCCUCUGCAAGGGUGGUAUCAUCACCAGCGGAUGAUUCAAGCAACCUGGAUCCUAGAAACUCCUCGACUGAAAGACUACACUGGCUAAACACAUGGAACCAUAUGAAGCAGCUAACCAACGUAUCCACGGGCCUUCCCCAUGCGACUAAAGCGAUCAAAGAUGCAAGAACCGCAUGGGAAAACUUGAUGGCAACGGUUCAAAAUGCAACUUCUCCGGGAAUAGAGAAGGGGAGGCUCUGCCCAUACUCAGUUCGCAGAAUGGACGCUUCCAAGUCGGCGGGCGGUCACUUUACCAUGGACAUACCGUGUGGGCUUGUCGUUGGUUCUUCCAUAACUGUCAUAGGCACUCCUGGCAGCCUGUCUGGUAACUUUUGGAUUGAUCUUGUCGGGACGGCACUCCCGGGGGAACCUGAAGAACCCAUUGUGUUGCGGUACGGUGUUCGUCUAACCGGCGAUAAACUUGCUCAAGGUCCGGUCAUAGUGCAGAACGCCUUCACUGCAAGUAAUGGCUGGGGUUUUGAGGAUCGUUGUCCCAGCGGCCACUCCAACAAUGCAACUCAAGUGGAUGAUUUGGAGAGAUGUAAUUCCAUGGUGGGCAGAGAAGAAAAGAGCAUAAAGAACUCUACACAUCACGCUGGUCCCAAGCAAGGUGGAAAACCAAGCACAUAUUUUCCUUUUAAGCAGGGAUACCUUGCUAUCACAACUCUCCGGAUAGCGCUAGAAGGAAUCCAUAUGACGGUUGACGGGAAACAUAUUACUUCAUUCGCAUACAGAGCGGGCUCCGAACCUUGGUUUGGUACUCAAGUAAGGAUUUCUGGUGACUUCAAGCUAGCAAGUGCCAUUGCAAGUGGACUGCCUACCUCCGAAGACUUGGAAAAUAGCCUCGAUCUUGAUAUGCUGAAGUCAUCACCUAUUCCAGACGGCAAAGAUCUCGACCUUCUGAUCGGCAUCUUCUCAACAGCAAACAACUUCAAGCGUAGAAUGGCGAUUCGAAGGACGUGGAUGCAAUAUGAUGCAGUGCGUAACGGAACAGUUGCGGUCCGAUUUUUCGUUGGCCUGACCAAUGCUGUGUCAGCCAAGUAUCUGAUGAAAACAGACGAUGAUGCUUUUGUUCGAGUGCACGAAAUCUACUCCUCGGUAAAACAGUUGAAUGUCAGCAACGGUCUGCUCUAUGGUCGCAUCAAUUCAGAUUCAGGUCCUCACAGAAAUAGUGAAAGCAAGUGGUACAUAAGCCCGGAGGAAUGGCCUGAAGAGAGAUACCCACCAUGGGCUCAUGGACCAGGAUAUGUGGUUUCAGAAGACAUUGCAAAGACAAUCAACAUUUGGUAUAAAACAAGUCGUCUGAAGAUGUUCAAACUAGAAGAUGUGGCAAUGGGCAUAUGGGUUGACGAAAUGAAGAAGGGCGGUUUACCCGUGAGAUACGAAACAGAUACGAGGAUUCACACUGAUGGUUGUAAGGAGGGGUACAUUGUUGCUCACUAUCAACAACCAAGGAAUAUGCUAUGCAUAUGGGAGACACUCCUAAGGACAAAUCAAGCAAUGUGCUGCAACUAA